AUGGCGACAAGUAAUAAUUCAUUGAAUCACAAUAUGAAUGAUGUGUCUCUCUAUGCUGAAUCCAAAUUAACACGUCAUCAAGCGAUUGGUGAAAUCACUAAUGUUGUUUUGCGUUCAAAUAUCAAACCACGUGUUGUCAAUAGUAUCUUAGAAUUAUUGCAAAAGCUUCUUCCAUCGGAUAAUACAUUACCAAUAACAAUCAAUGAUCUUUUCAGUGCGAUAAUAUCAUCAGAAAAUAAUUGGCGUGUAACACAGUACUUAGUUCGACACAAACAAUUCCUUUCGGUCUCAACAACCAACGCUAGUUCAGCGUUUGUUCAACAAGAACUGCAAGCAUGUUUACGAUUGAUCUUGGAAAAAAAUCAUGAAGAUCGUGAAGUAUCAGUGUCUGAUAAUUGUACUGAUGGUUUGUUAGUUGAUGAAAAUGAAGAUAAAGAAUCGAUUGCAAAUAAAAAACUAUGUUGUUUUGAAAUGAAUGGAUAUAAUUUACUCAACGGUGAAGUCAAAGACAGAUUCUCAGUAUUCUAUACAAAUACAUUGAUUUUUGUGACAUUAAAUAAUAAAUACACAAAGCAUAUUAACCCAACAAUGAAUCUUACUGAUUGUUGUCUUUCUCUUUUUUUUGCUGCAGAUUUUCAGAAAUUUCAUACUAGUAGAAAACAUAUGGAAACUAUUAAAUCAAUUAUAUCGACGGUAACUGGCGGUGCUAGUGAAACGAACACAUCUACAGCGUCGAACGAGCAAAUUCGUCAUCUAUUAUGUAAAACUGAUGACUUACAAAACGGGCAAAUGAAAGAAUUCGAAGUGAAAACUUCCUUUGUCAAUACCAGUGUACUCCUGAUUAAACAGAAUGACAAAUUUCAUGCAUAUUCAAGCAAAUGUUGUCACUAUAAACUUCCACUAGCAAAAGGUGUGUUGAUCAACAAUCGUCUUCGUUGUUUUGCACACGGUGCAUGUUUUCGUGUCGACACCGGUGAUAUCGAAGAUCAUCCAGGUCAUGGCAAUUUACCCAAAUAUGAUGUUGAGAUCGUCGAUGGACAAGUUAUUUUGGUUGGAACUAAACAAGAUCUUGAAAAAUUGGAACGUUCGAAGAUACCUGAUAAUCUUGAAAUCGACGAUAAGCCAGUUGUUGCAAUUAUCGGAGCUGGAGCAGGUGGAUUUACAUGUGCUGAUAUGCUUCGUCAAAAUGGCUUUCGUGGUCGUAUACUAUUAUACACACGCGAAGGAACAUUACCAUACGAUCGCGUUCAAUUAUCGAAACAACCAAUGAAGAAAUCGCAGGACCUUCUUCUUCGCGAUCAAAAUCAUUUCAAAAAAGCCAAAAUUGAUUUAAUACUUGACACCGAAAUAACCAAUAUCAAUUGGGAUGCGAAAACUUUAACUUACCAUACAAUUGGCAAACAAAUGAAAUCUGAACAAUACGAUUAUCUCGUAUUGGCAACUGGUCUACGAUCACGAAAAUUACCAUCGUCAAUACGUGGAGGUGAUCUUCGAAGCAUUUUCUAUGUACGAUCAAUGGAAGAUGCGAAUAACUUAGUCAAUAAAGUCAAGUCACCGGAGACGAAAAAUAUUGUGAUUAUUGGCGAUUCGUUCAUUGCAUUGGAAUUGUGUGGAUGGCUGACAACAGGUUUAGCAGGUCCUGAUGGCAAACAAACUGACAUCGACAAGAAAAAUGUAUCGGUAGUCAUGCUUUUGAAAGCCCCAAUGAUUCGUAUUUUCGGCGAAAAAAUCGCGCGUGCACUACAAACUGUUCAUGAAAAGAAUGGAGCGAAAUUUUAUCCAGAAGCCAAUGUCACUGAAAUAACUGGUGAAAACAAUAGUGUCAAAUUUGUGCAAUUAGAAACCGGUGAAUCCAUUCCAUGUGACAUGGUCAUUGUGGCAAUCGGUAGCGAAACUUGUACUGAAUUGUACAAAGAUUCGCCAAUUGCAUUAAGUGAAGAUCAUUUUAUCAAAGUUAAUGAUCGAUUGGAAACAUCAGUUGAACACGUUCUUGCUGUUGGUGACAUUAGCAAACAUCCAUUGAAAGUAUUCAAUUUGGAUGAAGUUAACUGUCAACAUUGGCAAAUGGCAUGUUCGAGCGGUCAUCAAGCUGCGGACACAAUUUUACACCAUUAUCUUGGCCAAAACAAAGGUGGUGCACGUCCGUUAAAAACGGACUAUUAUACAGUUCCCAUCUACUGGACAACGCAAAAUAAUAAGACAACGAUUCGUUAUGCGGGUUAUACUCGUGAUCCUGAGAAUGUUGUUAUUCAUGGCGAUCUUGAUGGUGAAUUUAAAUUCGUUGCUUAUUAUAUCGUCGAUGGUUUUGUUCGAGCUGUUGCUCAAUCUAAAUACGAUCCAUUGUCAAGUGAAGUCGCCGAAGUAUUUUAUCAUCGGCGAAACAUUCGCAAAGAAGAUAUUGAAAACGAUAUGUACGGCUAUCGAAAAUACCUCGAAUUCAAAACGAAAAAACCUGAAUAA